GGAUGGAUGAUAACACCGAACAGGCCUGCAUGAUACCAAUAAUCAGCCUCAUUGAAUGCGAAGUCAGUCGUAGAUGAUAUUGUCCACAUGAAACACUAUUCCUACGUAACCUUGAAUCAGCCGCUUUUUCAUUCAUCGUAGUGUAAUUCUUGAUUCUCAUGGAACUCGCUGACAGCUACCUGGCAGUUCUUAUCGUUUCCAAUAAUCACCCCGUUGUAUUCGGAUCAUCGAAACAAUUACCUGCUUGCACUAUAGCAACCAAUAUUGCAUAUUGAAAAUACCCACUAUAGUGGAAGAUCCAGUUGCGAAAGACCUGCUGGCAGGUAAGCAACAAACAACAUGAUAUGCAUUAGUUGUCACCCAUACCUCGAACGUGAAGCUGUAGAUCCGCUCCAAGGACUUAAGAUGGUCCUGGGUCAACAGGAAUGCUGUACAUCUUUCCAUUGCAAACUUUGAUUUCUCUUUCCCGGCUAUCAAUAACGGUGCAAAGGCUCAGUUAUCCAUCGCAAUGUCUGAAAAUAACUACAGGAUUAAUCAACACGGCAAUAUUGGUUUGUCGCAGGCAGUCAACUAUGGCCCCAACUACUACUGUCAGUUUCGGGUAUCUGUAUUGCAAUUCUUAUAGUUAGUAGGACUGACAUUUGUAGCCGUCAACGACAGCACCAAAGUGAAUCUGAUGUCCCCGAGGCAUUUCGCACUGCAGACACACAAGAAGGUAAAGGAGGAGUGGGAAGACCUUGGAACUUGCGGAUGGCUGUUGCAGGAGCCCAGUUUUCAGUCAUGGUUGGAAAUGAAUGCAAAACAUUCCUUGCUCUGGAUUUAUGGUCGUCGUAAGUACUCGUGAAGGGCAAUACACAAGCUUGCGCUAAUUCUUGAAUAGGAGGGUGUGGGAAAUCAACCUUGAUGUAGGUGCCCACUUUGACUACCAUCAUCCUAAACUUGUGAAUGAGCAAGAAUUCAUCUUUUUGUUGUUCUGACCGUUCAACUUGUUUAGGUCUCGUGUGGUUGAAAGCAUAUAUCAGGAUCAAUUUCCAAAGAGGGGUCCCGAUGCUAUCCACUUACUGUACUUUUAUAUCGAAAAAGACCAACAAGGUGAUAACUUUCGAAGCAUGUUGAUGACCUUUUGGGAGCAGGCGAAUAAUAAACCGGAGGAGCUAUCCAUCAAUACCUUCGGAAAAGAUUGUGGUGUAAAGAAAAUUCAGAACGAGCUGCACAGCCUGCUUGCUUCAUCAAAACGCGACAUAUAUAUCGUCAUUGAUGCACUAGAUCAACUUUCCCCACAUUCUCAGAACCAACUAAUUAUUUGGCUCAAUGCCAUGGUGCAAAGGCUCGACGAAGAAUCGGGCGGUCGUCUAAGUGUCGCUAUCAGUUCUCCUGAUUACCCUGACAUGGAUCAGCUACGAGCGCAUAAGUUAUUUCGUCUAUUUCCUAUCGAGGUUACACCGAAGCACAAUAACCCUGAUAUCAAAAAGUACCUGGAGAAAAAUCUCCAAUCGAAACUGUUCGAGGAUCAACCAAAUCUUGGAAAACAAGUCUUUGAUAGACUGAUAAACGGUGCAGAUGGAAUGUCAGUAUCGUAUCAUAUAUCAUUUCCUUUUACUCUAUCUCACAUGAAGACUUUAGGUUCCUAUGGGUUCACCUCCAAAUAUUGAACAUUCGCAACAUGGAAAUGGAAUCACAAGUUGUACAUGCCCUGCAAAGUCUUAUUCCACCAGAAGGAAUGCAAACCAUAUACCAAAAAUAUGCCCAGGACUUUGAGUCAUUAGGAGACAUAAUACGACGGCAAAUAAGUCAAAGAGCAAUCGCUCUACUAUCACAAAGCACGGGAUCAAUGCCAAUAAAGGUCGUUAUCGAAGCGCUCUCCUUGGACAACAAUGGAAGAGUAGAACCAAUACUUCAUCGAGAAUUGACCGCCAAUCCUGCUCGAAUUGUCAGUUUUUGCAACUACUUGCUUCGCAUAAACGACAAUCUUGGCAUCUUUCAAUUCUGCCAUGGAACCGUUUUUGAGUUCUUUAAAAGUUACAAACCAGCAAUCUAUAACCACCGGAUUGCCAAGAUAUGUUUAUCUCACCUGUGCUCGUCGGAAUUCUCCAAAGGUUCCAGAAGUGACGCUACAUGGUACAGUCCUGGUAGCCUCAAGCCGAUCUUACAGAAUCAUCCAUUUUUACAGUUCGCAUCUUCUGAAUGGGCUACUAGCAUUAAAAAGAGCUCCAAGUCCCAGUCUCCAGAAGAACUAAAAAAAAGCCACUCGGAGGUUUUCGAGCUGCUCGAGACACUUUUUGGGAGAGGCAGAGCAGCCGAAAAGAAAGGGAAUCUGCAACUAGCGUUCCAGGUGCACUUGCUUAAUAUGGACAAGGAAAUGCCGAGAGGAGUUAGUCAUGACCAUAUCGUCAGCUAUUUUGCUCUCGUCGAAUUGUUUGAUUUUUUCAAAGAAAAGCGAUGGUUCGACCCAAAGAAACCUGAUAGCGAUGGGUUGAUGCCGAUCCAUUGGGCGAUACGAAACGAGAAAGAUUUUGGCGACGUUGUACUCACUGUUGAAAAGUUGAUCGAUUAUGGUGCCGAAUUCGAUGUGACAGACAACGAAGGCCGCAGCCCCCUCUACUACGCGGCUCAUUGCGGGAAUUCGCAGGUAACACAACUACUGAUUGAUAGGAAAGCCAAGCUUAAUCUUAGAGACAAAAAUGGAGAGACGGCUUUGAUUGCUGCUUGCAGAAAGCAUCAUGAGAAUGAUUUGACGCUUCUCCUCAAUGCUGGAGCAGACGUAAAUAUAAAAAGCUUGUUCGGCACUGCUCUCCACGUUAUUUCCUUGAUUGGAUGUUGUGGUUGUGCUAAAAAAAUACUGUUCCAUUGCAAAAAGUCAAAAACCGUUCAGAAGGACGGGCCAUUUGGUACUUCUUUGCAUGCUGCGGCAUUUUACGGUCACUCGGAUCUUGUUAAGGUCCUUUGUUCACAAGGUAUAAACUUUCGUACAACGCACGAAACAUACGGGACUCCUGUGACAGCUGCGGCUGCGGGGCUCAAUCCCGGCCUGGAUCCUGCCCGUUUCAAGGAAACUAUUCAGGAGUUGAUCAAAUAUGGGGUGAAAGUCAAUGACCAAGGGAGUGCGAUCGGACCGGCUCUUCGUGUAGCUGCAUAUCAUGGGAGCCCCGAGAUCGUUCUUCUACUUUUAGCGGAAGGUGCCGAGGUCCGGAAGGCGAAAGGACCAAUGGGUACGGCAUAUGAAGCUGCAGAAGACCGUGGGCACAGGGAAAUUCAAAACAUUUUAUUGAAAAGCGAUCCAAACGCCGCAGGUUACGGUGGAGCACAUGCGUCCCAAAGCCGUGAUCCCCAGCAAAUUAAUCGUAGGGCGUUUAGAGCAGCCGUCAAAGCAAGUAGCAUGGACACCAUCAACAUCCACAUCAACCAGCUUAUCAAAUUCUUUGAAAAAGAAUAUAAAAGGGGUGAAACCAAAUUUCUCAGGGCAUUAGCCAAUCUUGGUAAGGAAGCGUUCCAGGAUGUGAUAAUUUUGGCAACAGAAUCCCGUGAUAAUAACCACACGGCAACGAAGAGACAAGACCACCGCGGCAGACUGUCACUUCGGGGUCUCCUGUCUAGUAUUUUCUGCACGAAUUUCAAAAGCAAAGAUGGCGGGUCAGUCUCGGGAGCUAAGCCUUCGAGUGAAACGUCUUCCCAUCCCCGGAGAGGGUCAAACUUUGUACAAGAUGGUCUUGGAGGACAUUUCCCACAAGUUUUGGACAGAAUGACUCAAGCUGCAGUAAAGAUUUUGGAGAAUGCCAUUGCGAGCGAGAAUCAAGCUGCCAUCAAACUGAUCGCUAAUACAUGGGUUGAAACACUGAACAAUCUCAUCUCAUACCCUGGUUUUGGCGAGUCAAUGCUGAAUAAGGUAGUUCAGACGCGUGCGAACGAACUGAAGGGACACCUGACUAACCCAGACCUGGGCUCCAAUGAAAGAUUCAGCAAAGCUGAGGCCUUGGCUCUGGUGGGUAUUGAACUGCUUUUGGUGGCUGUUGAGCGCGGCAAGCAGUUUAAAUAUUUGUCUUUUGUCAUUUCGAAGCUCUGGAUCAAGGCUCUCGAUGAUGUGGAGGAACUUGGUGAAGCAGGACAGAUGCCGAUACUGGCAUUUAUACGAAUAUUUCAAAAGCGAUUUUCGGUCGCAGUCAAGACCAAACACCAAGCCAAUGCCGAGGUAUGCACAAAAGCUGGAAUUGAGCUUUUGAGAGCAGCAUCGUUUAGCCCGAGCAUAAAUUUAUUGGAGAAGUUAAGCAAUGAAUGCGUGGUACUGAUAAUACUCGCUCUUCAGCAAGAUAUGGCGUAUAUGAUAAACACGCUGAUCAACCAGAGAUUGGAAGAAUACCAAGAGUUCUUGAAGGACGGUAAGCAUGUCGAAGCUUUUAGUCUCGCGCUUGCAAAUAUUGGAGUUCUUCGCGCGGCUAUUGAGCAAAGAAGCGGUCCCACUGCAUCUAUAUUACAGUUAUCCGUCGAAUCGGCUGUUGAAUGCACGCGAAAAUUUCUCACUGAUCCUAAUAAGUCUACUGCUGAACCAGCCUUAAAGCAGUACCUAAGAGCCAUCGUUGACGGGGUUAUCAGCUUGAUUGGGAUAGCUGAAGAGGUACAACCCGGCCGAUUGAGAAGUUUAGCUUCAAAUAUUCUUGAUCUCGCGAAAUUUGCUUUCAGUAACCACUAUAAAGAGCUUACUGAAGUUGUCAAUCAGCGUAUUAAAAAUGCUGAUCAGAUCCUCUUCCGUCCUGAGCGAGAGAAGCGGUUAAUUCAAAUUGCUAGAACAAUUUAUCUUUUCCUUGACAUAGCAUUAUGUACCGAAGAAAGAGAUACCGUCAUUUUGACGAUAUUGAAAAGGAUAGCUUCAGGAGGUUUGAUUAAGAUGUUGCCGGAUUUUGUGCAAAGAGGUGAAUUGGUAGGAUAUGUUAGAGUUAUUGAGUUUUUAAAUGUUAAUGCAGUUUAGAACUCACACAUCCCUUUUAGGAUCUUGAAGACUGACUGAAUUCAUGUUUUCGGUUUGUCCAUUACUAAUUUUUCUAUACGUUGGACUUUUAAAUUGAUGUGUUUAUGGUACUUCUUCUCCCUGGGCGUUGUAAUAAUGUAUAUGAAGGGGUCGAUGAUCAAAAAGACGGAUUACACUCAAUUUCAUAAUGUAUGUUCAAAACUUAUCUUUAAGUCUUGUGAUAAAAUCAUUUCAAAUAAGAAAAUUAAAAAUUCAAUUUUAAAAAAGACAAAUUUGAAUAUAUUCAUUAAGAUUUAUUUAAUAAUUGAUUUCUUUAUAUUAUAUACAGCUUAUAUAUAUAUACAUUUAAUUUAUUAUAGAUCAAAUAGUUUGCCACCCGAAUCAUCUCUAGACGAGAAAACCUCCGAAACGAGGGGACCGAGUGAUAGAAUCGCUAAUCAGAGAGCGAGUUUGGGUCCGAGACAAACGCGAGGUCUAGGGU